UAGUUUUUUUAUAGCCUUGUUUGAGUUUCUGUGGGGGAAAGAUAUGUUUUGCGGAGGAAAAGUAAAAUGUGAGUCCGGACCGCGCAUUCGUCAAAGCCGACAGCCAAGGGAUGUUACCGAGAGUUGUGCCAGCCUCCUCAUCAGCAAAAUAGGACCAUAAAUCUUCCUGUGGCGAAGGGGGAAAGCUCUGUUUGGCCUGCAAUACAGAGGACAGGAGAACAGGGGACAAGGAAAAGAAGAGGGAGACAGCAAAAGGAGUGCCUUAGGAGUGAAAGAGAGGAGCGCAACAACAUCUGCACUUUGUGAACAGCGAAGAAGAGAUGAGACCACUAAAGAAGCACAGAGGGCGUUCACCCCCGUUAACGAGAGGCAGGGGGGGGAAAAGGAGAGGAGGCUCGCAGCCCCUCCAAGAGAAAGACCCCAAAAGAGUCAAGAGGGAGACGCUCGUCAAAACCACACAGCAUACACCCAACACCCCCGCACACAAACAGACCCCGCCAACAGCCCUGAACACUAACGAAGAACCAAUCACAAAUAGCAAUACCCCCAGCGGGGAGGAGGCGACUGAGCUGAGGAAACCUGUGGAGUCAGGAGAGAAAAUAGCACAGAAGGCAGACGAAAAGACAGAAAAGGAGAAGAUAGUUAGCACGAAUGGAAAUAAUCUUUUGGCCAUUAAUACUGUAGCAUUUCCUCCCUCUGCCCCGACGCCACUCUCCACAGCCACGCCCCCUCCGGCCACCAAUCACGUCCCCAGUGUAGGCUCAGUCUCUAGUAGGAAAACAGCCACAUUCAAGGCUCGUAUACCCAAGAAAAAAUACACAUAUGAGCACUUUGCUAACAAUGCCCUGACCACCAUUACUACCUCCAACCCUGCACUCAUACACAACAGUUACUGCACUAUUAAUAACAGAAUCAGUGGUAUUAUUAAUACACCCAAUAAUAAUUCCAAGAACAAUGUAACAAAUUAUAAAAGCAUCAACAGUACUACGAGUAACACUACAAGUGGCAUUAACAACAUGACUAACAGUAGUGCUGGGAGCCAUACUUUUAUCAAUAGCAGUAAUAGUAGAAGUAAUAAUUGCUCAGGUAAUCAGCCAUCAGUGCUAACUGUGGAUAGUGAAGCUACAGAAGCAAACCAUUUUGUUUCCACGGAGGACAAAGCCCUCAGGACAGCAGACUCCCAGGAAAAAGAUUCCCGAGCUAGGGAAAAUGAGUCGGAGGGGGCCCCUCACUCAGCACGCUCCUCGUCCACCGACACAGCCAGCGAGCACUCGGCUGACCUGGACGCGAUGGAAGCAACAGGACCAAACCUUCAUCAAAAGAACUCCCACUACCCAGCUCCUCUCCAUAAGUGGCACCAUAAGUCGCCCAGUCUGUCAGAGGGACUCGCUGAAGCUCUGGCCAAAGGCAUGAAGAACCAGAGAGUUCUCGCUCGCCGGCCAAAGAGGAGAAUGAACAAUGGGGGUGACUCUUUGACUUUAUCGCCUGCGUUCAGACCAGGGGUGGUGCGUGGUGUGAGUGGAGAAACAGUUGAAGUGCAGCUCCAAGGAGACGAGACCCUUGUUAAAUACCCUUUCCAUGUUGGGACUGUAAUGGCAUCACCUUCAGGGGCUGAGAGCACUGUGGAGUUCAUUUUGGACGCCCCCCCACCCGGCCUGGCACCUGUGGCUGUCAGGACCCAAGUAUGCGUGCCCUUUGGGGGAGAUGAGGGGGGUCCUCUGCUGUACAGAGAGGGGGUUGUCAUUCAGGUGGACCCCCACCCCGGUGUGUCAUUUCCUUACCAGGUGCUCCUGAGUGAAGACGCAGAGACUCUCGGGGAAGAGAAAGAGGGGAGGAAAGCUCUGGCUGUGUGGGUGUCCCGACAAAGUCUUAGGCUCCUCACCCCUCCCUGGGAGGUCCAACAGUUGGACGGAGGGAGGGCCAAAGAGAGAGAGCGGGAGAGGGAAAGGGAGGAGAGGGAGCGGAGGGAGGAGAUGGAGGUCGAAAGGGAAGUGUGCCAGUUGAGUAUUGGGAUGGGGGUGCUGGGAGGGGGAGCAAGGUUGGGCCAUGGUUUCUCACAUGAAGGGGUUGCAGGAGGGCAUCCCUAUGGUAACGCACUCCCGACCCCCCACUCCUCCACUGUGUCAUCUAGCGUCGCCGGCAGCACUGUUCAUGGAGAAAAGUCCCCCAACAGAGAGAGAGAGAAGCAGCCCGACACUCCGGAAGAGGACGUCGAGGUGUCCCGUUAUAACACUGCUGGCCCCAAGACAAACGACGACACCUCUCAGCACCGAAACAUCCUCUCCAAGUCCAGUCACUACCCCCCCUCCUCCCCCCACCUCUCUGUGGUGGGAGGCCUGGGACCCCCAUGCCCCUCCACCCUCGCCAGCCCACAGCCACCCCAUUCCCCUGCCUUAUUGGUCUCGACCACACCUAACCUACCUCCAUCAAAGACCACUCCCACUCAGACCCCUACUCCCACUUCUGGUGUGGGGUCCUCCUCUACCUCCUCUCGCUCCAGGACCCCCCUCUCAUUGGCUCAGCAGAAAUACAAGAAGGGCGACGUGGUGUGCACCCCCAACGGGAUCCGUAAGAAGUUCAACGGGAAGCAGUGGAGGAGGCUGUGCUCCAGGGAGGGAUGCAUGAAGGAGUCCCAGCGCCGGGGCUACUGCUCCAGACACCUGUCCAUGAGGACCAAAGAGAUGGAGGGAGGAGGGGGGGGAGGCAGCAGCUCAGGGACAGUCACCCCUGACCUGCGGGGGAGAGCCAGCAGUGAGUUUGAGUGGGAUGACACCUCAAGAGAGAGCAGCGAGGCAGGUAGCAGGGGAGACUCCAGACCCCACUUAGUGCUCCCGUCCAUCCUCCCCCAUGACCUCUCCUCCCGCUUUGACUUCGAUGAGUGUGAGGCCGCCACCAUGUUAGUGUCUUUAGGGAGCUCUCGAUCUGGCACCCCCUCUUUUUCUCCCAUCUCCAACCAGUCGCCCUUCUCACCCGCCCCUUCUCCCUCACCCUCCCCGCUGUUUGGCUUCAGGCCGGCCAACUUCUCCCCGAUUACCGCCUCCCCCAUCCUGCAGCACCGGAGGCACAGGCAGCCCAGCGGGACAGGGGGAGGAGGGGGGAGUAAGGUAUCAGCUGGAGGAGGAGAAAGGGAGAGACACACUUCAGGCAUCCAGCCCUCCUUCCACAGCAACCUGAUGUUUACGGUCCCCAUGAGCCCCAGCAAACGAAAGCCCGACGCGCCUCUUCCUCCUCCCCUCCCCUCACACCACCAUGAUUACACACCCAAGACGGAGCAGGAGUCGGGGGACCUCAACAGCUCCUUCAGGGUGCUGUCGCCUCACACACAGGCUUCCCGCACACACACACCCACCUUCUCCCGACCCAGAGGAGUGACGACCCCCUCCAGCAGGCCACCGUCCUCCACUAAUGUCUCCCCUCCUCCUCUGCUGGUGUCCCCGACGCCUCCUUCUCCCCUCACUCCAGACGGAGGGCCCCGUCGUGUGGUCCCUGUGUCCCAACAGGCCUUGCGUGACUCCCCUGUCAUUGUGAGAAAUCCCGAAGUCCCGAUGGCCAAAUUUACAGAGUGUGGAAACGAGGGAGGGGGAGAUAAAAGUUCAUCUAAAGACCUCACACCCCUCGCCCCUCAGUCAAUUCAGGGCCUCCAGGUUCCCGUCCCCAUUAACGCUGCUGCAGCCACAGUACCUAAUGGCACAAUUCUGCUGCGGAGCCCGUCCCAAACUCUGGUGCUCGCGUCCCCGACCCCCUCUUCCCUGCCCACCGCUGACCCCCCUGCCGCCGCCCCCCUGCAGGCCCUGUCAGUUACCGUUAGCACAACAGUCACAGCUCCCGCUCCCAGCAGCACGGACACCUCUGCGGACGAGAACAGGGGGACCGGGUUUGGGGGUGAGGUCCAACAGCCGGUCCCCUGUCACCCCUCUCCCACCGCUCUGCUGCCCUUGAUCCUUCCUGCCGAAAACCUUCACCCCGCCCCACGGAAGGACAUCAUCAUGGGACGUCCCGGCACAGUGUGGACCAACGUAGAGCCCCGGUCAGUUCCAGUCUUCCCCUGGCAUUCAUUGGUCCCCUUCCUGGCACCCACCCAAUCAGAUGCUUCUUCUCUACCAGGAGAGGGCCAGCACCCUGUCAACCACCCCCAAGCAGCCAGUCUGAAGACAGACUGUCAGGGGGUGGCAGCACAGUCACAAGAGCCUGCAGAGGCACCUCCCAUGGUAGAGAGAGGUCCUCCAUCCCGGCCUACCCCCUCUUCUGAUGAGCCGCCUCCAGAGAAGGAGAAAGGCGAUGCGGAGAGGGAGAGGCCAGACAGCGAAACAGAGAGUGACGUGGAUGACCCCUUUCUCCCAGGCGUUGUACCAGAGCCUCCCCUCGCUAUAUCACCCGUGAAGAGACGCACUCAGUCCCUCAGUGCGCUGCCCAAAGAUGGAGAUAAGAGCAGCCCUGGAAAGAGGGAGAAGGACCACAUCCGGCGACCAAUGAAUGCAUUUAUGAUUUUCAGUAAGCGCCAUCGAGCAUUGGUGCACCAGCGGCACCCGAACCAGGACAACAGGACAGUCAGCAAGAUCCUUGGGGAGUGGUGGUAUGCCCUGGGACCCAAAGAGAAACAGAAGUAUCAUGAUUUAGCUUUCCAGGUACACACAUGCAAUUACCAGCAAAUGUAUCAACAUAAGUGGCAAUAGACAGCUUUUCCUUCCCAGCUUUUUCAAGUGAUAUAUUUAAAGACAACUGAUAUACUUUCCAUUU